GAUUACAAAAAGCGCCUACAAGUGGCAAUCAAUCAAUCUGCCAAUUGAUGAAAUUGAAACAUGAGUAUAAGUUGACUGCCAACAGAAUCAGAACAAACAAUCCCAACAAAGUUUCCAUUUUUCUGUUCCCAUCUCAGAAGAUGAGUAGCUCAAUCUCAAGAUUCUCAACCCUUCCUUUUCUACUCAUUGUUUUACUCAUUGCACCCCCAACAACCCAAUCAUUUUUUCUUCCAUCAGAUGAAGGCAAUGAUCUGAUACAAACAACAUGCAAAAAAACACCCCACUAUGAUCUCUGCCUCUCAACCCUCCAAUCAAACCCCGACAGCUCAAACGCCGACGUGCCGGGAUUGGCCCGGAUAGUAUCCGAUGCUCUACUGGCAAAUGAAAGUGACACACUGGAUUACAUCCACGGCCUGCUGAAGCAGUCCCCGGAGGCAGAUUUGCAGAAAGCAUUGGCAAACUGUGCUGAGUUGUACAUCCCAGUUGUGAAGUUUAGCCUGCCGCAGGCAAUUGAAGCAAUGGGAAAUGGGCACUUUGGGUUUGCAAAGUACGGGAUUUCUGAUGCUGCAAAGGAGGCUGAGGCAUGCGAGAAGGGUUUUGGAGGAGUGAAGUCUCCUCUCACUGAUAGGAAUGCUCUUGUGGAUGAUCUUUCUGGUGUGGCUGUUGCCAUUCUCAAUUUAUUAAAGGGUUGAUUUUUCCCUAUCUUAUUAUUAGGAAAAUGAUAAAUGAUAACCGCACGUUCUUUUUCUCCUUCUACAUGCUUUGGUUUUAUCUAUGUCAAUUUUUCUUUAAUUUGCUCAAUUCAAAGAUAAAAAAUAAAAACGAGAUAAAAAAUAAAAACGAGUGUGCAGAAAUCACUUUCCUAAUAUUAUAGUUAGUGAGUAUUUGUGUGAUGUUGCUUUUCUUUUGCAGUUUUUGUUUGUACUUGUACCUGCUGAUUCAGCCACUGAAAUCAGAGUUAUAUUCUCUUCAUGUUCCUUUGUGGGAUAAGAUGAGAUGCAAACUUUUUUUCAACUGUUUUGAAGGGUAGGUUUGAAGAAGAUCUUAUAUGAAAUGGACUUAUAGUUACGUGAUAUUUUUUAUUCAA